UAAACAGUCGAAUAUCGAAAACGGGCAUAUCUUGCUUUUAUUAUAUACCUACCUACCUCUAGUACCUACAUAACUACACCUGGGUACCAUUUAGGAAGCUACCAACCACCCCCCGGCUUACGGCACUACCCGGAAUUCUCCAAACUUCCGGACACUACGACCCGCUCCGUUACAUUCACUUUUAGGUUCAAUAGUUCUAUGCAGCAACCGUAGAACCGUGUUCCGACUUCAAACGGAACUUACGACACCAUCGUCUAUCUAUAACCCAUCUUAUAAUUCAGAUUUCACUCUGACUUACCUUCCAAGCCCUCCAACUCCCCUAAACCCAAAAAGCUCAAACCCACAAUGUCAUCCCUCCUCCAAAGAAAAUUCCCCUCAAUCCUGCACUCCUCCACCCUCCCCAUCCCCCAUUCCUACCGCAAACCCCUCCUCCUCGCCACCAGCGCCGCCGCCAUCUCCGCCCCACUCCUCACCUACGCCUACAACAGCUACACGGAAUGGCUCGCCCUCGGGCGCGGCGGGGUCCCAUACCACGUCUUCGGAUGGCUCGCGCAAACAACCCUGCACCUGCUCGCACGAACCGAUCUCCGAGAGCCCAUCCCACGGACCUACAAAACCGCCAUAGAACUCGGCUCCGUCUACGGCCCCGCCGGCACAAAAUCCUACCUCUCCACCCCUAAAGCAGAAAUCCCAGCCCGCAAGCCCCCUCGCCCCACCGUCCCCAGCUUCGUCGCGCCGCAGCGGCAGACCUCGGACCGCGGGCCCCCGCAUACCGUCGCCACGCUAAACGGGUUCCUCGCCGCCCUCGCGUCCGCGAACCCGGGGCUCUUCGAGGUCAGGGAGAGUAAGCUCGAAGGACCACUUCACCAGGCCGUAUGGCUGCGGUAUCCUCUAUCCUCCCCUUCUCCUUCUCCUACUACAGCGGCGGAAACGCAAGCGCAAAAAGCCCAACGAGAGGAGCUGAAAACGCGUCUAGGCCGCGGCGCGACAGGGGAGAUCGCACACGUGCACAGGGAGGGCAGCACGCAUGUGAUCCUGAGCCCGGUCGACGCGGCGCAGGUUAUCGGGAAGGGAUGGGGGGAGCGGCAUGCGAUGAGCGGGGUUGGGGGCGUGCGGUGGGCGAUGGCGCCGUGGGGGUAUGUGUUGGUUUACGCGCCGCGGGACGAGGGCGAGUUGGAGGUCUGGAGAGAGGUUGUGCUUGCUGGGGCGCGGUAUGUGACGGCGGGUUUGGGGAAGGGGGUUGUUGUUCCUGGGGGUAAGGAGGGGGUGUAGAGAGGAGGGGGAGGGGGAGGUUGUGUUGUGUGGAUAUUUGGGCUGUGUUGUGUAUGAAUAGGUUUGAAUGGUGAGAUAAUGAGGUUAAGAUGUAUUCUGGUGUGGCGUUAAGGGGUCUUUGGGUUGUUUGAAGAGUACCUAUAUAAGUAUUUAUUACCCCUCUCAAAUCGAAAAAGGGGUAAAGAUAUAGACGAACCGAGGUCUUUUGGUGGGUGUAGUAUGUCAGCAUAUUCAUGAAGUAUUUACACAUAUCCCCCCUUAUUAGGUACAUAGCUUUUAAGCCGUUAUCAUUACAGAACA